AUGUCACUCUACCACAACAACCUCCAAGACUUCCACUGGUACUGGGAGUCCAUCCCACCCACCAUUGCCCAAAAAUCCCAAGCAAACCACUUCUUCACCAACCACGGCAAAACCGCCAAGCUCCUCCGCAGCGUCGCCCAAUUUCGCCUCUUCCCCGAAUCCGACGUGCCCGAAGUCGCCUUCGUCGGCCGCUCAAACGUCGGCAAGUCCUCCCUCCUCAACACGCUCGUAAACGCCGACAUCAAAGCCCUACUCGCCCGCACAUCCGCAACCCCCGGUUUCACAAAAACAACGAACCUCUACGGUCUCGGGCCGGGAAACGGCGUAACGAUAAAGCAGCAACCCGACGGCCGCGACAAGAUCGUGGGUAAGAAUGGGUUAACGAUUGUUGAUAUGCCCGGGUACGGCGAGGGUUCCUUGGCGGCAUGGGGAACGGAAAUCCUAAAAUACAUCCAGAACCGCAAACAACUCCGUCGCGUCUUCGUCCUCAUAGACGCCCAGCAUGGAGUCAAAGAUAAAGACCGUUCACUCCUCGCUACUUUGCGUCUCUCGGGCGUAAGCCACCAGGUCAUCCUUUCCAAGCUGGAUAAAAUAUUCAUCCCGCAGGCCAAGGAGAUUAAGCGGUAUGAUGGAAAGUCACCGCGGGUGCUGAAGCCAAAGGGCACGAUGAUUGGGCUGCGGCACACGAUGGAGGACUUAAAGGAUGAUAUCCAGCCGAAAGUGGGGGGUGGUGCUCUAGGAGAGCUUCUGGGGGUUAGUGCGGAGACGGUGGUGGAUGGGAAGAGGUUGGGGAUUGAUCAUGUGAGGUAUGCGGUGCUCAAGGCCGUGGGACUGGACGAGCUGUUUAAGAAAGAUGUCAGUACGCCGUGGGGGAUGUCGAAGAAGAUAGAGGGGAGGGGGAAGGUUAGACCUGUUAGGAUAUAG